CCGCAGCAGGAGUAUCAGAGUUGCAGGCUCGAGCUGAAGAUGGAGGAGUUUGAGGAAGAGCAGAUUUCUCCUCUAAAGAGUUUUAUUUUAACUUAUUUACUCCCAGAGAAAUGCUACCAGCUCUUCUUCCACCAGCUGCACCUCACUCACGGUCCGUGUGUGAGGAUGGUUCUAGGUAAGGUUCUAGCUAUGUGGAGCCUCGUCUCACUACUGGCUCCGGUUCCUCAGGUAUGGAGGCUGGUCCGGUCCGGUAGUUCUGAGGGUCUCAGUCUGGUGUCGGCGCUGUUGGACCUGCUGGCCGUUUCUGCUCAUGUGGCGUUCUGCGUUCACCACGGCUUCCCCAUCGGGGCGUGGGGAGAGAGUGUGUGUGUGCUGGUGCUUCUCGCCCUCGUGAUGUUCCUCAUCCAGCACUACAGAGGAAACAGCCUCACAGGUGGUGUAUCCGUGGUGGUGUAUGCGGUGUUCCUGUACCUGUUGGCGUCUCCUCUCACUCCUCAGGUGUUGAUUAGUGAGUCUGAGGAGUGGAGUGUGCUGAUCGUCAUCACGAGUCGGCUGAUUCAGGUGGGCUGUAAUUACAGUAAUGGAUCUACAGGGCAGUUGUCGGGGGUGUGUGUGUUCCUGCAGUUCAUGGGUUCUUUGGGACGAGUGUUUGGAUCCAUACAGGACUCGGGUCACUCUCUCCGUUCUCAGGCCGUGGUUCUGGCGUCCUGUGGUUCCGCGGUGCUCCUGCUGCAGGUCCUGCUGUUCCGGAACCGCCGGCCGGUGGGCGAAGAGAGGGAGAGAGGGAGGGAUGGAGAGAGGGAGAGAAAGAAGGAGGAAUAGAGGUGAAAAAAUAAAGUGUUAAUUAGAGAACAGGUUACAGAUCCAGACUGUAUAAAUCUGAACUGCAGUUUCCGCCUUCAGCCGCCAGGGGGCUCCACUCUCCAUAUAAACACCCACUGAGCCCCGGAGUCCUGCACACGUCUACACCAACUCUACUCAACUCAAUUCAGUUCAUAUUGAUCCACUUUAGUUCGUUUUGGUCCAGUUUAGUUCACAUUCAUUUGAUCCAGUUCUGAUUAUUUAAUUUCAGUUUAAUUCAGUUCAGUUCACAUUGAUCCAGUUUAGUUCGUUUUGGUCCAGUUUAGUUCAUAUUUAUUCAGUUUAGUUCUGUUUAUUUCAGUUCAGUUUAUUUUGAUCCUGUUUAGUUCCCUUGAUUUUAAUCAAUUUCAGUUCACAUUGAUCCAGUUUAUUUCACUUCAGUUUAAUUAGUUCAGUUCAUAUUGAUCCAACUUAGUUCGCUUAAGUUUAAUUAAAUUCAAUUCAGGUUAUUUAAUUUAAUUUCAGCUCAUUGUAUAUCACUUUAUUUAAUUCCAGUUCAGUUCAUUUUGAUCCAGUUUAGUUCAUUUCAGUUUAAUUCAGUUCUUUUUUAUUCAGUUUAGUUCACAUUCAUUUGAUUCAGUUCAGUUCUGAUUAUUUCAUUUCAGUUUAAUUAGUUCAGUUCAUAUUGAUCCAGUUUAGUUUGCUUGAGUUGAAUUAAAUUAAAUUCAGGUUAUUUAAUUUAAUAUCAGCUCCUUUUAUUUCACUUUAUUUAAUUCAGUUUAGUAAAUUUUGAUCCAAUUUAGUUCACU